AUGGCAGUUCAAACUCUGACUGAAUCGGAAGUGGCAACGCAACUUAAAUCAGCAGUUUAUUUGAUGGUCGCGAAAAUAGUAGAAGAGGAAUUAGGUGAAAAUGUUUCCUCCACUCCGUCUUUCCUUGCGUCGUUAGUAGAGUUAGUAUACAACCAGUUGAUUAAUCUAGGUGAAGAUUUGGAACUAUUCGCAAAUCAUGCCAACCGAUCUGUCAUAAGACCCGCCGAUUUAUAUAUGGUUACUAGAAAAAACGACAUUUUGACCAAAGCUUUGAAAGAUUACGAGGACCAGUUGAAGUGA